AUGAGUUAUAGAUCAGCAUUACCUUCAUCGAAAAAGACUCAUCUGGAAAGAAACAAGCAAAUCCUUAAACAACUAUUAAAGGAGGAAGCUAAUAGAUCAUGUGCAGACUGUAAAAUUACCAAGAACCCUCGAUGGGCAUCUUGGAACUUGGGUUGUUUCAUAUGCAUUAGAUGUUCAGGAAUUCAUAGAUCAAUGGGAACGCAUAUUUCAAAAGUCAAAUCAGUUGAUUUGGAUGCAUGGACAGACGAUCAAAUAGAAAGUAUGGUUCAAUGGGGUAACGAAAAAUGUAAUAUGUUCUGGGAAGAGAAACUACCAGAGGGAUAUGUACCGGACCAAUCAAAAAUUGAAAACUUUAUUAGAACAAAAUAUGAUAUGAAAAAAUGGUGUUCUUCUCCUCACAAUAUACCCAAUCCUGCAACUAUUAGGAAAAGAACUGUUGCUAAACCAGAUGCUACUGCAAAUGCUAAUCCAGACUCAUCAAAACCAACGAGUCAAGAGAAUCAUGUCAAUUUAUUAGAUAAUGAUUUUGGACAUUUCAUGUCCACUUCAGAAAAAAGCACACCACCACCACCUCCAACACAGAGACAACAACCAACCGUUAGUACUAAACCGCUUCAAUUUCAAUCUGCUCAGUCCACUGGUGGAAGCAUGUCAAGCAACUCAAGACCUGAUCUUAAAAAGUCCAUUCUCUCGUUAUACGCAUCUCCUUCUUCGUCAAACAGUUUUCUUCAACCGCCACAACCACCACCACCACCACCACAACAACCACAACAACAACAAAGAACAAAUCUGCAACUCACUCUGUUAUCUGAUUCUCUUGCUGGACUCCAAUUUCAUCAACAAUCCUCCACAUCUAAAAUAUACCAGAAUGUCAACCCUAUCAAGAAGCAAACAGAUCCUAACGGAUCACUUGCUAAAGUAACUCGCAGUUCAUGGACUAAUAAUGACUGGAAUGACUCAUCAUCCUCAAUUUCUAGUAGUCACAAAUCAACCGCUAUUGGAUUAGACGACGAUUUGUUCAAAAAUGUCUGGAGUUGA